UUCAACGGUUAAAGCAAGUUUCAGUCGGAAGACGUUAAUAUUUCGCUGUAGCUCCGAUAAGAAAAUGGACUGGACCGAGCUAAGUUAUUUGUGAUUUGUGCAAUUACCAUCCUUGGGGAAAUGCACUGCCGAAAAGUUGUGCAUUUGGAGGUGAUCGGCACGGGCCUGGCGCCCCUGGACGGGGCGUGUCCCGCGGACGCGGACCCCGCCGACGCGCAGCGCGGUCGGCAGGCCCUGGCGCAGCUGCGGCAGAAGGUGCUCCGCCUGGCGGAGCAGAUCCGGGUGGAGCAGGCGGCGCGCGACGACACCGUGGCGGAGUACGUGAAGCUGGCCAACAACGCCGACCGGCAGCAGAGCGCGCGCAUCAAGCAGGUGUUCGAGAAGAAGAACCAGAAGUCGGCGCACGCCGUCCUGCAGCUGCAGAAGAAGCUGGACCUGUACCAGCGCAAGCUGAGGGAGGCCGAGCAGGGCGGGGCGGGGCGGCCGCACCGGGAUCCGGUGGCGGUGGGGUCCAAGGCGACCGCCAAGCCCAAGGAGCCGGGCGCGGCCGUGCACGGCAGGUUCGGCAGCUCGGAGAACGUGUGCCCGGCGAAGCCGCCGCAGGAGGAGCCCCCGGGGGAGGAGGCGCAGGCCAGCCCCCGCUACGGCAGCGAGGACGAGGGGUCCAGCGCCACCUCGGGAUCGGCGGGGGCCCACAGCACCUCCCGGGGCCCCGCGCUGGAGGCCCUGCCCAGCUCAGGCCUGGACGCCCUGCUCCUCCACCUGCAGGAGGCGAGCCGCGCGCAGGCCGGGCUGGAGGAGGCUUUGGACAGGGUCAGGGGCCUCUAUCAGCGGGACUACCAGCUGCUCAUGCAGGCCUUGCAGGACCAGCGCUACAGGUUCGAACGGCUGGAGGAGCAGCUGAACGACCUGAUGGAACUGCACCAGAACGAGGUGCUCACUCUGAAGCAGGAGCUGGCUAGUCUGGAGGAGAAGAUUGCCUACCAGUCCUAUGAGAGAGCGCGGGAUAUACAGGAGGCCCUGGAGGUGUGCCAGACGCGCAUCUGCAAGAUGGAGCUGCAGCAGCAGCAGGGCGGGCAGAUGGAGGGGGUCGAGGGCCGCGCGGGGCGCCCCCUGCUGGGCAGGCUCAUCAGCGUGCUGCUGGCGCUCAUGGCCGUGCUGCUGGUGUGCGUCUCGGCUGCGGCCAACUGCACCGUGCCCCUGCUGAAGAGCCGCGCCCGGGCCCUGUGCUCCCUGCUCCUCCUCCUCCUCCUGGCCCUCCUCUGGCGGAACGGGGACACGCUCGCGCUACACCUGGACCGCCAGCUGCACCGCGUCCUGGAGCUCUGGGCCUGACCCGGCAGCGCCGGCACCUCAGGGCUAUUGCGCGACCCACUGAGGCUGGGGAACUGCCGCCGCGCACCGCGUCGAUCUGUUUACAUUUUGGAAGUGAAAUUAUUUCUUACGAGACAUUUUAGCACUGAUGCGUAUUUUUUUUAAUUGAAUCGGGCUGGUUUUGUUUCUCGUGAGCGACGAAGCCCUCGUGGUUUUCGGACUAAGGUAGAACGCCCCCCCCCCCCCCCCCCGAUUGUGUUUGUCCACUUCCUCUUGCUCCCACUCACUGGAACGUCUGUACACGGCGCGGGGUUUGAGUUCUGCAGUGUGAUCCCGGCUGACAGGUGAGCAGGUAGGCUCUGCCUGCAAGCCUGUGGUUCCAAACUGUUGACCGGAUGAAACCGCCACCACCUUCAUUUUUGCAGAUUCAAUAAAUGAAUUUAAACGACUAACGCUUGGAUCAUUGUGAAAGGGAGAGUAGCUUUAGUGUCAUGGUGGGGGGUAUUUUGAUGUCACAAAAGCCGUAGCCACACAGAGGGCUUAAUAUCGUUGCCACAUAUAUCCCAGUAGGCUAUAAAAGUAAACAUCCGAAAUGUGUCCCUCGACCACAUUCAGCGUUACAGACCAAACAACACUUGCUACCGUUUGCGAAAGUGCAACAUCGCAAGCCAGACAGACACCUCUUCCUUCCCUGGCUGCUACAUUUGCUACUAGCAAGGGACAGCACAGUAAAAUAUAACAAGCAACAAAUGCUUACAGCAAAUGCGGAGCAGUCUUGCUAGGUGUGUGAUGCGACUUUGAAUAACCGUUGAUCUUCUCAGGAACGCCUUGUGGAUAUUCACCUACCGUGUUUAGUUGCCCCCAUCUCAUUUGUGUUAGUCUCUCGGUGCAACGUUAGUACUCAUAUGUCAUUAUAAUGCUGCAAUUGACUGGAAGAACAGACAAUAAAUAUACUCUUCAAGACCUGACCAGAG